UCUUUUUGCACGUUCGUUACGUUGUGAGCGGAAUGGUGACGAUCAUUUCGGUUACAUGUCAAUAGUCGAAUGCACUGACAGAUUUAGACAUCUCUGCAAUGCUAUCAACUUUACGACUCAAAAUCCGAUCUGUAAAUCGGAGGUCAAAUUCAAAUUUGCCUUCGCUGCGUAUUGAUUAGAAGGGCAGGUUGAAGGUGAAACACGCGGCGCGUUAUGUCGCAACACGGGCGCUCUGAAGCUAAAGUCCGCAUCGACCGAGGGAGGGACGCAGCACAGGCAGCUGAAGUAACUUGCUCAUGGUCAGAACAUAAAAACGCAAAAGGAGAAUUUCCUGGUACAUCUCCAAAUCCUCAUGUCACAGCAUGCAGCAACGACGGCUUUGGGUCACAUAUGUCCUUUGGGCAGUAGGAGGCCCACUAGGGCUUCAUCAUCUUUAUCUGCGCCGGGAUAGCCAUGCCCUCUUGUGGAUGCUGACCUUUGGAGGCUUUGGUGUGGGCUGGCUACGGGAAUUCUUCCGACUGCCAGCAUACGUAAAAAAGACAAAUGGUAAGCAUCGCCCAUCUGGGAUGCCAGUACCACCCGUAAGCCCAGUUCGUUUCUUGGGCCAGGUUUGCAUGGGCAUUUACUUUGGAAUGGUAGCUCUCAUCUGCCUCUCCUCACUCAAUUACUUUUACCUCCUGGUUCUGCCUUUGGCUGUCAGCAUGGGCAUUCAUUUGGUUUCCAAUGUUGGUGAGGAGACCUCUGAUCUUCACAAGACCCUGAUGGCCAGCCUGGUGACAUCAACUGUGUUUUAUGGCCGACCAUUAGGGACCUUUCCAGCUAGUUUAGUAGCCAGCUUGACAGCCACCCAGAACCGACGCUACAAAGGUGGAGAAACUCUGGAGGAGCCCCUAGGUGUGAGACUUUACCGCCUCAGUCUCGCCUGGCUAGCAUUCUCUGCACCUUUGUCUUAUUGUGUAGUCUACAACACCACAGCCACCAUCUCCUAUGUAGCUGAGAGUAUUGCUGCCCUGUUGGACUGGUUAUGGUUCUUCCCUUCUUUGCGUGUCCUCUUGGAGUCAGUUCUUCUGCUGCCUUACCGAGCAUUCUGUCUGGUGACUGGGGGAGGGCGUCUCAUCUUGGAAGACUGGGAGAGGGUCCUGGAGCGGUUUGUCAGCAUUCAUAAUGAGAGAAGGGAGGCAGCCAUGCAGGUACUUGGUGUCAGCCAUGGUGCCACCUUUGAAGUCAUCUCUCACAAUUACAGAGAACUGGUGAAAAUGUGGCAUCCAGAUCACAAUCCACACAACAAAGAAGAAGCCAGUAGCCGGUUCAUGGAGAUCCAAGAGGCAUAUGAGACUUUAGUUCGCCUGAACAAACUUCAGCAGCAUUGAUCAGAGCUGAUGGAGUCUUGACAAGGCACAUGCAAACAGCCUAGGCGCUGUAGAGACAACAUGCUUAGAGAGAAGAGUGGACACAGUAAUAAUGGGCGAAAGGGGACCUUCUGCUGUGGGUAUGCUGCACAACACAGCAGAAUGUGAGAGAUAAAAUUGAAAGAGUGGCCAUCCUUUGUUUGUCUAAAUAAUUCAAAAUUAGAAAGAGUCUAUAAGAGCAGGCGGUAUACCAAGCAAGGCCCUGUGUACAACUUUCAUUUUCUGGUAUGUUUAAAAUAUCAAGUCCAGAAAGUAGAAGUGGUAUUUGUAAAUCGCUAGCAUUUGAUUUUAUUAAUUAGGUUAUCUCUGUGCUUGCUAGAGAGAAGACAUGCCAUAUUAACUGGAUCAGCACCUUGCGUAAAAGCUCCUCCGUGUGGAAAUGUGAGGGAUUCUCAGAUGAAUAUCCCAUUGCAAGUACUUCUGAAAAAUGCACAAUUCAACAAUUUCUGAAAAGUAAUAUGCUACUGAUUCAGCCUUUACCUGUUCCUGUACACUAGGUAGAUUUUUUUCCCGGUAUGUGUUUGUACAAAUCAAUGCCAUAUUUGAAAAUAUUUAGAUUAAUUUGGGAAUGCUAUCAUAUUUUUCUCCUUAAAAUUACCAAAUAUUGUCACAGUAUUUGCUGCUAGACCACCAUCAGCAUUGCUGGGAAAGAAACCUCUCUAAUAUCUCAUUCAAGGACUGGAAGUUGAUAAUUCAAAACAUUCAUUCUUCUUCAAUUUGUGCAAAACACACUGUAAUUCAGCUAAAAUUCGUACAUCAGACACACCUCUCCAAAUUAAAGCAUUUAUCAGGAAUUGGACUCAAAUUGUUAGCAAUGCCAGGUAGCUCCAGCUUCACUCAGGCAUAAAUUUUGGGAAUAUCCAAAAUAAAAUACCUUUUGGGAAAAGAGCUGUUGUUACGGGGGACGUCACAUCACUUCUCUACAUAGUCACCUUCAUUUGCGAUGCAAUUUUCCCAGCGUUGUACCAACUUUUUAAUGCCCAAUUACUACUACUCCUGCCAUUACCAUUUCCAAUGAAAAUAUAAAAAUGCGGAAGCUUUUUGAACAUCCCUUGUAUUUAUUAAAGGGUGUCUGGUGGGUGUGGCAAUGCACUUUCAACACAUGCUUCCAAAUUCCCGACCCCCCACAGGAUGUAAAGUCACAAAAUGUCUUCUUACAGCAGUCUUUGGAGCUAUUUCAGAUGAGCAUAGACUAUCUUAUUUUGAUAAACUGACCGUUCUUUCCUUCAUUACAUUGUUAGUUUGUUGAAUAGUUCUGCUCAAUUAGAAGAAUCCAAUUCAUAAUUUAAUGAGAAAAUUAUAUUUUAUAUUAAGUGAAGCUAGAAAAAUCUUAUUGUCCUUGAGUGGACCUGUGCAGUACUUCUUUAUAAUUUGGCAAGAUUUCAUUAAUGUUAUUCAGAAAUAAGUUUGCUGAGCUCUAGUCUGUGUUUCUGCUGCUUUCCUAUUGCUUGAAAUAAUAAGAGGCCAUGUAACACAGUGGGCCUCUUUUUAUAUUAGUACUGUAAUUUGUUUUUGGAUGGGGAUGGUAAUGUUGAUUGAGGGUGGGGCUCUUAGGGCAAUUUCUGUAAUAUUUGAGAUCAGUCUUGAUAUUAUAUAACUUCUUCCAUAAUGCAUGGAUUUCAAACUUUUUUCUUUAUUACAAAGAAAGAAAAAAAUCAUUGGAAUCUCAAGCAAAGCACUAACUCAUGCAGAUGAAGCUAAAACUGGCAACUUUUAAAAAGUACCAGGAUGUUAUAUUGGAACAGUUUAACUAAUCACACAGGCUUGAUGGAGGGAAUGGUCUCGUUUGUCAGACUUCUUAAGUGUUUAUGAUAAUGUGGCAUAGAGAUUAAUUCAGGUACGUAAGAAGUAAGUGUGAGAUAAUUAAAUCAAUCUGAGGUCAUGGUACCCUUUCGGAAAACAGUAGACUGCUCUCUCCAGGUGAGGACAAGACAACCUCCAUCAGUGAAGGAGCGCAGGUAUUUUGGGGUCUUGUUCAUAAGUGAUGGAAGAAGGAAAUGUGAGAUCGAGAAGAAGAUUGAAGCAACAUCAGCUGUUCUGCAGGUACUGUAACAGUUUAUGUUGGUGAAGUGGGAGCUGUGUCUAAAGAUAAAGCUCCCAGUUUGCCACUUGAUCUACAUCUCUGUCCUCACCAAUGGUCUUGAGCUGUGUGUAAUGACCAAAAGAAUGAGUUUGUGAGUGAAAUUACCCAGUAAGAGUUGGAAUCUGUAGCUGGGAGCAGAGAAUUCUGGGCUGACCUACUUGGCUUCUGGUGUCAUAGCAGUGGUCAUUUGGCUCGCUUCCAAGUUGUAUGUAAACCAGGGCAGUCCACCCAUGGCAGUGUUCUGUUACGGCACCCACAGACACCCAACAGGGCUGCUCUUCUACACUCCCAUGUAACACUGUGGGAAUCCUAUUUGGGAAAAGUAUGCCCCUUGCAUGCUAUCUUUAUACUAUAGCGUAUCACUCAUGUUUUUUUUUCUGUUUCAUAAAUUUGCAGACCUGAGUGUUGUUCGUUGAGGGAGAAAUUGAUUUGAAAUUAUUUUAGUAUAAGACUUAAGCAUAAGAAAAUGUGAAAAAGUGUAGGGGUCUUAAUACUUUCUGAAAGUUCUGUAUAUUGAUGCAACAUUCUUAUGAUAUAGGCAAUGUUCAGGAGCAAUUAAAUUAAAUGUUAGUUUCAUUUUAUAAUAAAUGAUUAUACCUUGAGGGAUAUUAUGCUUAGGACAUAUAAUUCAGAAUUUAUACUAUAUCUGGAGUAUUGUAUAUGGUUGUGGGCCUCAUUUUUUAAACUUUAUGUGGAAUCAAGCAUGAAAAAUAUGUGUAUGUUGAAAAACAAAAAUGUGUAUGACACAUGAAAAAACAAGUUUUAUAAAACCUUGUAAAUGCACAUUUCGAUACCAUGUACCCUUUAUAAAUCUAUAUCACCUUGUAAUUAUGUGUACGUGAAUGCUCCUUAAAGGUACCCUGAAAAGCCACAUGCGGAGCAUGCUAAUCAACCUCAUACAUUUAUGCAGUAAUGAUGCUGCUGAGCUUCAUUGGCUUAUAGAGCAGCCUCCCACCUGAUGCAUUGAGACCCCACCAUCUGCAUUCAAGAGGAUCUGACUAUACACCACAACUGAAAACACAAAAUCAUUUACAAGAUUAUAGUGCCUCUCCU